CAUUUUGUAUUCCUGAUACCUAAAAGUAUUUUAUUAUCUAUUUAUUAUUAUAAUUACAUUAUACAAUAUUCAGUAAUAAUUAGUGAAUAAGUGCGCUAAAAUUUACAAACAAAAUUUAUAUCUGGUGAUCGAGGGUCCAAAAAUAUACGGCCACAAUGGCUCCAAGCAAAAAAUUCAAAACUUACAGCAGAGGAAGAAAUAUCUCGAUAAGUUCCGCACAGGCCGUCGAUAUCCUUUUCGCUAGUAACCUGACCAAAAGAAAACUGCAUGGCAAAAACAAAAAAAAUCGGUUUGAAGUCAAAGAAUUGCAGACAAAAAUCAAAACAAUUCUCCAAGACGAAGCUUCGCUUCACGUCAAUGUAAACGAUACCUUUGAUACAGUAUUUAAACAGCAAAAAUUGAACAAUUUAAAAUCUACAAAUGCAUCUAAUGCAACUUCAUCUUUCUUUACAAAAAGCCACUCUUCACAUUAUGUUAGUGUGGCUUCACCCAUGGUAAAAAAACUACGCUCAUUUAGCAAACAAAGCCAAAACAAUAAUAGCAGUAACAUCCUGGAUUCUUGGUUUGAAAAACCCACUCCACCUGGAGCAGGAAUUACUAAUUCACUUGAAAUUGAAGUUGCCAGUGGGAAAUGGAAAGUGAAUAACAAUAAUUCUGUAUUUGAAUCGCCCAAAAGAAUGCUUAGAUCAAACUCUACUAUUUCUUCUACUAAAGAAGCAAGUACUAAUAACUCUUUUAAAUUUGCAAAGACAUCUCAAAUUAUGCUUAGAUCGUGUUCCAAGAGUCAAGACAAUAUACCACAAGCAAGCUUAGAUAACAUUUCACUACCAAUAAAUCAACUAUUCACAAAUUCCGUAAGAGGGCGAAUACAUAGUAGCACUCCACUCUCUACUCCAGUAGUCCCAGCAAAAACCAAAAAAAUUUUUCCACAACCAAUAAACGAAGAUCCAGUAAGCGAAUGCAUCUUACAAUCCUUGGAAGAAAUACAAAGCUGGAAUACUUCUCUGACAACUGUAACUUCUAAUUCAAAACCUGUUGUUAAUAAAUCGGAAUACACUCAACCCAUGGUGCUAGCAACAUCUUGUGACUUUGUUUUUGAACAGUUUUUCUCCACCUCAAUUCAACAAAACUCGUAUCCAACCAGGUACGAAGAAAACCUCACAAUGAAUGAAUCAUCUAUUUUGUCUACUACAAGUCCAAGACAAACAAAUAACUUUAUAACUUAUAGAAGGAGACGUAAAACACAAUUUGUGCAAAAGAAAAAGGAGCAAAGUAAAGAGUUGGUUGUACUGCUAGAAAAACAGAAUAGCUUGAAGCCAUUUAAAAAACAAUUAGUUGUAAGACUUCAACGACUCCCAUUAUCAGCUAUCAAACCCAAAAUUAGCCUUAGGAAUAGCCAUUUCAAUAAUAAUUCACAAGGAGCUUCUAUGAUGAACCACUCACAUAUGGAGUUGUCUGUAUUUGUUGAGGAAUCUAAAACAAGUGGUUCAUUUAAUCAAUCUAGUCAAAUUAUUAUUAAUGCCAAAGAAUCUUCAGUAUUGCGUCGUUUGGGAUUUGAAGAUGUCUCUGAAAAAGAAAAUGAACCUUCAUCUACCAGAACCACCAGAUCAGCAAAAAGAAAAUCGUUGCGGAAUUCUUCCUCACUUGACACUUCCUCGCUUGACACUUCCUCGCAAACAAAACGUUACCUAAGAAGCUCCUUAACCGAAAAUAGCAAUAGACCGUCCACCAGUACCACUGUGGACAAUAACAUAAGUGAAGACUUAUUUACAAGUGGUGAUUUUAGUAAUAAGUCAGCUCAACUGCGUUUAUCCUUAUACCGUACCAGUAAGACUGAAUUCUCAAGCAUCUCGUUAAAAAAUAGUACAAAAUCUUCAAUAACCAGCUUUUCUUAUAAUGACUCUAGAGAACAAAGUCAGAUAACACAAUAUUGUGGAGACUUGGACGAUCAAAGUUCAAAUCUGAAAGCUGGUUCUUCAUAUAAUAUGAUUGUUAUUGAUGCUUCUCGUGAUGAUGAAACAAGUGUCUUUAAAAUGCCUCUAGCUCCAUCAAAUAGCCAACCCGUGAAAACUGGAAAAUCAUGGAGAAGAUCAAGCUUUAAUAAUAAAAGCCUUUUUGAUAUUACGAAGCGUCAAUCUAUGAAAAUUGUGCCUUCAGAUGAAGCAGAUUCUAGACAACUAAGACGGCCUACAAUAUUACAAAACUAUAUAGGUUCAAUAGGUGUAUCAAGGAAAUCAUUGGUAACUGCCAAGGAUAUUGUGUUCAAAUAUUGCAACCAAACAAACCCCUUGCCAUUUGAGAUGCUUUAUCCAAAAUCCUUACUGGAAGGUUCCAAAAAAAUUGGUGAAGGUGUUUACGGUGAAGUGUUCCUUUGUCCCAAAGAAAAUGGCAAAAGUACAGUAAUGAAAAUAAUACCUAUUGAAGGCGACAAAAUUAUCAACGGCGAAAAACAAAAAAUGUUUGAUGAAAUCCUUUCUGAAGUUGUAAUUGUUUCGCAACUAUCUAAUCUUCGCAAUACUUCAUCUAAUAAAACUUCAGCCUUCUGUGAAGUACAACAAAUCUCCUGUGUCAUAGGCAAAUAUCCAGAAACCUUAUUAGAGCUUUGGCAUCAAUAUGACAAAGCAAAAGGUUCCGAAAACGACCCUCCAGAUAUAUUCGACAAAGACCAACUCUACAUAGUGUUGGAACUAGGAAAUGCUGGUCAGGACUUAGAAGCUUAUGUGUUCCAAAACGCUGCCCAAUCUCUUGCCAUGUUUAAACAAAUUGCUUUUGCUUUAGCUGUUGCAGAAGAGCAGCUACAAUUUGAACAUCGUGAUUUACAUUGGGGAAAUGUGCUGCUACAGCCAAUUGAAAAGGACAAAAAAGCUACUUUUAAAUUGAAAGGAAAGGCCAAGUCACUUGCUUCUGAAGGGGUGGAAGCUACCAUUAUAGACUUUACCCUGUCGAGGGUACUACAUGAUGGAGUUAUAAUUUUCAACGAUCUUUCAUGUGAUCCCGAUCUUUUUAUAGCUAAAGGAGAUUACCAAUUUGACAUCUAUAGACUGAUGAAACAGAAAAAUAAAAAUGACUGGAAAUCAUUUACGCCUUAUAGUAACAUUCUAUGGUUACAUUACAUCCUAAAGAAAUCCAUGACUGAGUUGAGAUACAAGAAACCUAGUACAAAAGUACAUGCAAAGAAUAUACAACUUUUAAAAAAAUUUGAAGGUGUUAUAUUGAAGUUUAAUUCAGUUACUGAAUUCGUCACUGCCAAUUUAUAAGUUUUUUCUUGUGUAAUUUUUUCUAUUUAAACUGUUUUGUUAUUUUGCAAUAUGUAGGAAUAAAUGUGUUUUCAGGCAUAGUAUUUUUCGUAGGGACUUCAUUUGUGAAAAAUACUAUAGCUAAUUAA